ACCCUGAUCGGCGCCGCCAUGCACCGCCCGGCAGUGGCCUGCUGCUUACUGCUGUUGGUCCUGGGACUCUACGGCGCGCACUCGCGCAACGUGCUGCUGAUAGUUGCUGAUGAUGGAGGUUUCGAGAGUGGUGUGUACAACAACACCGCCAUCAACACCCCUCACCUGGAUGCCCUGGCCCGCCACAGCCUUAUCUUCCGUAAUGCCUUCACAUCUGUCAGCAGCUGUUCCCCGAGCCGUGCCAGUCUCCUCACGGGCCUGCCCCAGCAUCAGAACGGCAUGUACGGGCUGCACCAGGAUGUACACCACUUCAACUCUUUCGACAAGGUACAGAGCCUACCGCUGCUGCUCAGCCAGGCCGGAGUGCGCACAGGCAUCAUCGGGAAGAAGCAUGUGGGCCCGGAGACGGUGUAUCCCUUUGACUUCGCAUUCACAGAGGAGAACAGCUCAGUGCUGCAGGUGGGGCGGAACAUCACUAGAAUUAAGCAACUCGUCCGGAAAUUUCUGCAGACUCAGGAUGACAGGCCCUUCUUCCUCUAUGUGGCCCUCCAUGACCCCCACCGCUGUGGGCACUCCCAGCCCCAGUACGGAGCCUUCUGUGAGAAGUUCGGCAACGGGGAGAGUGGCAUGGGGCGCAUUCCAGACUGGACACCCCAGAUCUAUGAUCCUCAGGAUGUGAUGGUGCCCUACUUUGUCCCAGACACGCCGGCAGCCCGAGCUGACCUAGCCGCUCAGUACACCACCAUUGGGCGGAUGGAUCAAGGGAUAGGAUUGGUGCUCCAGGAGCUUCGAGGUGCCGGUGUGCUGAAUGACACCCUCAUCAUCUUCACAUCCGACAACGGGAUCCCCUUCCCCAGUGGCAGGACCAACCUGUACUGGCCUGGUACAGCUGAGCCACUGUUGGUGUCCUCCCCAGAGCACCCACAACGCUGGGGCCAAGUCAGCGACGCCUACGUGAGCCUUCUAGACCUCACCCCCACCAUCCUGGACUGGUUCUCCAUUCCAUACCCCAGCUAUGCCAUCUUCGGCUCAAAGACGAUUCAGCUCACAGGCCGUUCCCUCCUGCCGGCGCUGGAGGCGGAGCCCCCUUGGGCCACUGUCUUCAGCAGCCAGAGCCACCACGAGGUCACCAUGUCCUACCCCAUGCGCUCCGUGUACCACCAGAACUUCCGCCUCAUUCACAACCUCAGCUUCAAGAUGCCGUUUCCCAUCGACCAAGAUUUCUACGUCUCGCCGACCUUCCAGGACCUCCUGAACCGCACCGCGGCAGGCCAGCCCACGGGCUGGUACAAGAAUCUCCAACAUUACUACUACAGGGAACGCUGGGAACUCUAUGACAUCAGCCGGGACCCUCGGGAGACACGGAACCUGGCCGCUGAGCCAGACUUCGCUCAGGUGCUGGAGGUGCUGAAAGCUCAGCUCGUCAAGUGGCAGUGGGAGACGCAUGACCCCUGGGUGUGUGCCCCUGAUGGGGUCCUGGAGGAAAAGCUCACGCCUCAGUGCCGACCUCUUCACAAUGAGCUCUGACGGUGCCCGGGGCACCUGCCAGCCCACCUAGACACGAAGGGAGGGAGCAGUGGAGGCAGUGCCAGCAGCUGCUCCCUCUACACACCCAUCCGAGCAGGUCCCUCCACCAUAUGGGAUGUCACUCCCGCCUCCUGUGGAGGACACUCAAGCAUGCACUCCCUAGUUGCUGCCGUUCCAAGGACACUGCUGUCCUCAUGUCCGCCUGUCCUGGUUCAGGAGUUCUAGGGGAAUGUGGGCAUGGCAGAACCCCACGUUUUGAUAGGUGAGUUUUGAGAGCUACAGACAGAAGGGGCAGGGUCUGGGGCUUGAAGCCCUCUGCUUCCGGAAACCUGCGGAUGUUUUUAAGCCCCUCGCCCUAAGAGGAUGCCAGGUUUCUGCAUGCCACAUGAGCAGUGGGCAGACCGCACUAACUACUUCAACCAACUUGGCCUGGAGGGAGCAUUCAGUAGGCCUUGAGCUUGCUUCGCCACUGCCCCCCCCCCCCCGCCCGCCCCGUUCCCCCUUUGAAGUACACGCUUAGCCAGGAUUCAUGCUGGUACUCAGAGGUGGCGAGUUGAUCCUAUGGUCUAUCUGGUCUCAGUUUGUGUUUUCUGAGGGUGGCUGAGGAGGACAGGGUGUGACAGUGCUCUCUGUCUGUCUGUCUUCUCUGUUCCUGUCUGUCUCUGUGUCUCUGUCCCCUCCCCUCUCUCCCUGAGUGACACUAAGCACCUGGCCCCAGAUUUUUCCUUCUUUCACUUGCCAAGGGACAGAGGCACAGCCUAGAAAUCUAGAGAGGCCUGUUCCCUCCUCCCUUCUAUCAAGAUACCCCAUCUUGGGAGAGAAUGAGAGUCAUGGGCCCCAGCAUUGGGAAAACCUUUUUACAACAGUAUAAUCAUUCACAGAACAUCGUAGGAGCACACUGGGUCUCUGGCACCGAGACACAAACACCCUGUCAACUGACUCAGUUUAUGGCUGGGUGGGGGCUUCACCCAAGUGUGGCGUGAUACAUCCCGAGAAGGACCAGGGGAUAAUGUCAGUUCAAGAAUGAGUUCUUUGCUCACAAAGGGUUGGUCAGUUGGCUCCAGGAUAUGUACCAAAGCAACCUGGUGUUUGGGGCCGGGCACAGAGCAGUGAGUCAAAGAGCCGCUCAAGUCUGUCCACUACAGCAGCUUCCUUUGCUGGUGUCUGUGGUAGCUGAGUCAGUCACGCCCACAGCGCUCCAGUCAGUGCCCCACCCUGGGCGGUGAGGAUUGCUCCAGUGACCCUCCAGGGUUCACUUGACAUCGGAAACAUAAAAAGAGGGACAGACCCACGACCUGGUCCUGUUACCACAGAAGGUUGGAGUGCUGGCUCUGAGCAGGUCUCAGGAAACACCCCCACAUGGCCGAAUAUUCUCCGGUCCUCCAUCAGCCCAGGCCGUGCUGUGGGAAGGUGCUUCAUCAUUUUCGCCUUGAUUUCUGUGAGCACCUGAGGCCAGACCCUGACCAGAGAAGGAAGUAGGGCUGUUUGCUGACGGCAUUAAGAGACACAUGGAGGUCCCCACAGUCCCAGGCCAGGUGUGGGCUUCAGCAGGGGCCCUCUGUCCACACCACCUUCUUCUGCUCAUCCGCAAUGGCCAGGCGCACACAGUUGAGCAGGCUGUCCAGAUCACUCCAGUUGUCGGGGGCCAGGCUGCUGUACAGACAGGGCACUCUGUCCAGUUCCCCCUCUUCCUGCCGGGCCACCUCCAGGAACUGCUCCUCUGAGCUGCCAAGCCGAUGUAGGCCUUUCCUGCAAAGCAGAGAGAUGUUCAGCUCGAGGACAGCAAGGUAGGCAGGAAGUACACAGUUGGCUUUAGUACGGGGCACUGUAGGCAUCCAGGCCAGAACCUUGGGCAUGAACAUGGGGGUCCUAUCUAGGAAAGCUCAUGAAGGUCCUACGACUUGGCUGCAAGCAGCAUUCACUUCCCAGAGGAUACGGGCAGCGGGAUGUUUGUCCUGGGUAUGGGCAGUGGGAUGUUUGUCCCAGCCAGACAAGUGAUAGAAUGGGACUAGGCUUCAUGAGCCGCAGGCACAUGUGCCCCUUUAGUGUAGCCGGGACAGGGAACAGGUUCGUUCACCCCUGAGGGAGAGCAAGCUGGACCUCUGGCCCGAGGUUGCAAGGACGUGACUGGGGUGGAACUUAGAGAACUUUAGUGUGUUCCCGAGGCAUUCGACAAGCUUUUCCAGAGCACAAGCACCUGUUUAGACCCUGCUGCCCAGUUCCUACCACCAAGCAACUACCUGAGUUUCUUUGCCGUCUUCUCAUUGACAGAAACGUGGAUGAUGAUGGGAAAUAUGUCCAUCUUGUGUAAGACUCGGACGCUGUCCAGCCGGACAUCCAGCAGGGCAUGGGUGCUCUUUAGAAGGGCAUAGAGAAGCAAGUUAAGCCCCUGGGCCUCGGGUCUGGGAGGAAGUGGGAGGAGACUGCAGCAGAGCACAGGGCUGUGUGGAGAGACCUGAAUAGAGGCUGCGUGGCAGGGCCUGCCGUAGAUCUCAAAGGCAAACCAUUUGGUUUGUCCCUGAGGAAAUUGGGAUUUGCAAGCCUUUGGCAUUGAGGCAGAUUUUGCAUAGAGUCCAAACCGUACGAAUCAGACAGUACCACUAACUGUUGGCCUGUGUGUGUGUGUGUGUGUGUGUGUGUGUGUGUGUGUGUGUGUGUGUGUGUUGUCCUUCCUACUCCUUAUGGAAGUGUGAAACUCGACAGUUUACUGAGAGCUGUAAAAUGUGAGACUUAAUGUCUCCAUUUAUUUCAUUUAUUAACAAAGAUCUAUCAAACAAGUUAAGGGAACUGAGGCCCAAAGGCCCACCCAAGGGCGGUCCAGCAUCAUCACAUGGAUCCCAGAUGGUAGGAACAGGCUUGGAUCUUUCUGCAUCCCUCCUACAGAGAAUGAAGCUGGGUGUCUAGGGCCCCACAAGUGACUCCCCAACCCUGGGCAGGAGCUGCCACCCCCAGAGUAGCCUCUAGACCCUCCCCUUACCGUAUUCAUGAGGGACUGCACGGCAUGCCGGGUGACACAGUGGUGGUCACCUAUUGACUCUCCCUCCUGGAUGAUGUCCCCUCUCUGACUCCAGGUGACAUACUCCUCCUGGCUCAAGUACUCUGAUGGUGACAUUAGAUGAGGUGGUCAUACAUUGGGAUCCUGAGGAAGCCAAGCUGAGCAUUCCAUACUGGAGGUCUCCUGCCACAUCCAAGAGAAGCUUCCCAUGGUGGUCACAUAGAGUCCUAUACCACCUUUGACCACAAGUCCUCUGGUACACCCACCCCAGGGCAUGGCAAUGUGUGAACUCUGGGUAGUGUUUUGGGCAGCGCUCUCUCUCUCUCUCUCUCUCGCGCUCUCUCUCUCUCUCUCUCUCUGUGUGUGUGUGUGUGUGUGUGUGUGUGUGUGUGUGUAAGUGGCCCUGCCAAACAUCCUACAGUGCUCAGGACAGCUACCCAAUAGAGAAUGUCAGCCACAGGUGUCCUGGUGCCGAGGUUGAGAACCAUUCUGGAGUCCUCUUGAACAGGCUCUUACGCCCCAUCUUGGUCAGAAGGACCCUGUCUUCCUCCUAGCUAUCAAAGCACCCCAGCUGUACAUGUCCCCCUUCCCCACCAUCACUGCAGCAUCGAUGGGAACCCUAGACCCAAGUUCCAGCGAGCGCAUCCCCAACCCUGGCCUGGCCUCCUGUCUCUCACUCUGCUGGGAAUCACACGAAGCAGUGAGCCCUCCCUCCCCGUAAAGACUCAGGCUUUUAUGAAACUGGACAUGUGGCCUCCGCUCUCCUUGGCCACCACAGCAGUGGCUCAAGCCCAGGGUUCUGGGUUCCCUUGUGCCUUUGUAUGCACCCACUGGCCAGCCGGAUCACCUCGCCACCUCCAGCUACCACCCAUCUUCCUUCUGCACCCUGUCAGCUAGCCUUCAUGUAUGUGUUCCCCUCCCUCUUUGGGUAAGUGUGGAGCCCCACAGCCUGUAUAGCUUUACCCCACUGGUUUGCCCAACUGAACCCAGGCGGCCAAUUCUAGAGAACUCAUGGGCUCCCAGACUCAGUUUCUUCCACUUUCCCAUGGACGCUAGCCAAGAAAGGUGCUCAUCAGAGCAGCCUCAUGGGUGGUACCUGUUUCUUUCUCUCUAGGAUGAACUCUCUCAGCCAACAGGGCAGGUAACCUAGCCCUGUCAGCCUUUCCUGAGCCCACGGGCCUGGGGAUCAGAGAGCACUUUCAUGAAGCCUCCAUGUCGGAUCUCUGAGCUCAAGGCUGGCCUGGUCUACAGAGUGAGUUCUAGGACAGCCAGGGCCAUACAGAGAAACCUUGUCUCAAAAACCUCUAAGUAAAUAAAGAGAAGCUGCCUGUGGCUGAUGGACAGAGCCCUUGAGCCAUGAUACCGUGCUAACUACAUCUGUUUUCAACGUGCCUGUGUUGGAGGGAGAGGUAGUGACCCACCUCUCUCGUGCCCGUAAGAACCCAGAAUGGACUUUCUAUGGAAAGAGGGCCUCUGUGUGAGGCAACACUGGGUUACGAUAGACCCUAAGAAGGCCAUGUGUAGACAAAGACACAGAAGGAAAAGGGCAGCGAUGACCAACGCCAAGAUGGGAGUGGGGACUUCCCGAAUGCCUAAGGGACUGAAAGAACCAGGAAGGACCCACAGCUUGCAGCCCCCAGAGAACAGGGCCCUGCUGAGGCCCUGAGGUCAGAAAUCCCAGGAACCAUAAGACAGUUCAGUGUUCCAGUUUGUGGCCCUUUGUUAUAGUGUGUGGUGGUUUGCAUAUGCCUGGCCCAGGGAGUGGCACCGUUAGAAAGUGUGGCCUUAUUGGAGGAAGUGUGUCACUGGAGUGGGGCUUGGAGACCCUCCUCCUAGCUGCCUGGGGAUGCUUAAUCUGUUCUUGGCUUCCUCCUGGUGAAGUUGUAGAACUGAGCUCUUCCUGCACCAUGCCUGUCUGGAUGCUGCCAUGCUCCCGCCUUGAUAAUGGACUGAACCUCUGAACCUGUAAGCCAGCCCCAGUUAAAUGUUGUUCUUUAUAAAACUUACAUUGGUCAUGGUGUCUGUUCACAGCAAUCAGACCCUAAGUAAGACACGGUAUCUCUGAAUUUAGGGUCACCUGCUCUGGCCACUCACUCAACGGGGAAGCACAUACCUGCUGAACACUGCUUAAAACCUUGGAGGAGACACAGCUUUUUGCCCAGGAUCUUCCCAAUUACUCUGGGCACGAACAGCACAGGCCGGGGCCACGCAGGCCUAUGGGGGUGCACCAGGGUGUAAGGUGCCAGGGUAAAGCAGUUUUCUGGCCAGAAGCACACGCUGGGACCACCUGUCGAGGACAGAGGUUAUGAACACCUCCCACCUGUGUCCCUGACCCCUCUCUCCCCGGAGAGCCGGAUGGGGGACAUUCUCAGCUUCGAUGCUGCCGACUGUGUGUGCUGGCUCAGCUGCUCCAGAGCUCACAGCUCUUCAGGACGAGCCUCUGAGGACCGGAGGAGCCUGGUUCCUCCUGAAGGGUAUAAGGGGCCCUGCCUUUCGCCCCCACGCUCCUUCUCCUCAUCCUCACCUUCUGUUCAGCCCUGCCCCUCAGACCUCAGGGUCCUCAGUCUCCUCCCUCCUGGGCCCUGGGUUAUUUGGGUUACUCCUGUUUUCCAUAUCAACCUUAUUUUCUAAAAGAUUUUAUUUUA